AUGCGACGUUUUUCUCUCUUCUCUCGGAACUUCUCUGCAGUUCGACUACUCCACCGUAGUCCUCUCUGUUUUGGUAAAAUAGUUCCCUAUCUCUUAGCCGAUAUUGGCGAGGGUAUUCAAGAAGUGGAGGUGGUCACUGUCUGCGUGGCCCCUGGUGAUAAGAUUGAGGAGUUUGAAAAGAUAUGUGAAGUGCAGAGUGAUAAGGCCACGGUGGAUAUCACAUCUAGAUAUACAGGCAUUAUCGCCGCCGUGCACGUUACCGCCGGCGCUACUGCCUUCGUUGGUAAACCGAUUAUUGAUGUGGAAUUAAGUGAACCCGCAGCAGACAAUGAAGGGGAAUCGGAUCUCAAGAAAGACAAGAAUAAUAAUAAUAAUAAUGAAAAGAAGAAGAAGGAGGAGGAGGAAGAGGAAGAGGAUAAGAUGAAGAUUAUGGAUAAGGAGAAGAAGGAGAAGAAGAAAAUAAUGACGGGAGAAGUCUUCAUAGAUGAAAAUUCCUCAACAACAACAACAACAACAGGAAGUAAGAAAGUAUUGGCAACACCGGCAACACGUGGAUUAGCCCGUGAUUACGGUAUAGAUCUAACACAGAUAAAAGGUACUGGAAUAGAUGGACGUAUUUUAAAAGAAGAUAUUCAAACCUUUCAUCAUUCCGGUAAAAGAGAUGAAAUAUAUGCAGAUGGGGAUAAUAUUAUUCCUUUAACAGGUAUUCGUCGUGUUAUGGUGAAUACAAUGACAGAGGCAAGAACAAUUCCAUCUUAUACAGCAUGUGAUGAGAUGGAGUUAACAGCUCUUUUGUCGUUGCGAGAAAAAUUGAAAGACUCUCUUUCAUUAAGUAGUAAUACUAAUAGUAGUGGUAGUGUGAGUAAUAAUAAUAAUAAUAAUAAUAAUAAAACUACUUCUUCUUCUUCUACUACUACUACUACUACUACUAAUAUGGAAAGAAGUCAAAAGAAGAAUAAGAAAAUUUCUCUUAUGCCAUUCUUUCUAAAAGCCGCAUCCAUGGCUCUUUUACAGUAUCCAGAACUUAAUGCUCACAUUGACUCGAAUUGUAGAAACCUUAUUGUGAAAAAAUCCCAUAAUAUCAGUUUCGCUGUAGAUUCACCAAAAGGUUUAAUAGUUCCUGUGGUAUAUAAUGUUCAAGAGAAAAGUCUAAUGGAUCUCGCAAUCGAAUUAGAAGAGUUAAUCACACUUGGAAGAAGGAAUGCUAUUCCACCAGAUCGUAUGCGGAAUGGUACCUUUACACUCAGUAAUAUUGGCUCUAUUGGUGCUACUUAUGCCACUCCUGUGAUUCUCCCUCCUCAAGUGGUGAUUGGAGCUAUUGGACGUCUUCAAGUAUUACCUCGUUUUGAUGAAAAUGGAAAUAUAAAGAAAGCGAAUAUUGCUCACCUCUCAUGGACAGCAGAUCAUCGUGUGAUUGAUGGGGCUUCUCUGGUACGGUUUAGUAAUGUUUUUAAAGGCUUUCUGGAAUCACCAGAGUUGUUGUUGAAUGAAAACGUACAAUAA